CUGGGGCCGGCGCGGGCGGCAGGCGCGGCCACCACUGACGGGUAGUCGGGCACCCCGAGCAGGCCGAGUAUGCAGCGCUGGAAGGCGGCAGCCUUAGCCUCGGUGCUCUGCAGCUCCGUGCUCUCCAUCUGGAUGUGUCGGGACGGCCUGCUCCUCAGCCACCGCCUGGGACCCGCGCUGUCCCCACUGCGCCGGCCACCUCGCACCCUGGACGCCCGGAUCGCCCGUCUGGCCCAGUAUCGCGCACUGCUGCAGGGCGCCCCGGACGCGGUGGAGCUGAGCGAGCUGACGCCCUGGGUCGGAAGGCCCCCGCGUCCGCGCCGUCGGGCGGGGCCCCGGCGGCGGCGCGCGCGUGCGCGGUCGGGGACGCGGCCGUGCGGGCUGCGCGAGCUCGAGGUGCGCGUGAGCGAGCUGGGCUUGGGCUACGCGUCCGACGAGACGGUGCUGUUCCGCUACUGCGCAGGCGCCUGCGAGGCGGCGGCGCGCGUCUACGACCUGGGGCUGCGGCGGCUCCGCCAGCGGCGGCGGGUUCGGCGGGAGCGGGUGCGCGCGCAGCCCUGCUGCCGCCCGACGGCCUACGAGGACGAGGUGUCCUUCCUGGACGCGCACAGCCGCUACCACACGGUUCACGAGCUGUCGGCGCGCGAGUGUGCCUGCGUCUGACCCUACCU